AUGCAAUUAAAAAACUUGGUUGUCUCUAUGUUUCAAGAUUUCUCAAGUGGCAAGAAGUUUCCACCUCAUGACAGUAACAUCUAAUACAGAGCUAGAUAUUAUUACACACUCAGAAAGUCAGAAAAGUCAUCAGCAAGAAAAGUCUUCAUGGACUUGAUGAGUAAAAACAGCUGCCACCAUCCCAUUACCUCGUCCAAACACAACUUUAGACUUCUUCUUCUACCAUUCACCAUUUCUGUCUCUUCCACUGCCAUCAAAUCAAAAUCCAAAAACCACCACAAAACUUCAACUUUCUCAAAGAAACUGGCUCAGUUUCCGCUAAGCCAUCUACAACAACAUGAGGAACCAAUGUUUCUGGCUUUCUCUUCUCAUUCUUUUCUUCUCUUUCUUAAACCCUCCUCCUUCCCUUGCAGCUCUAACCACCAUCUCAGGAAACCAAUCUCUCUCUGGGGACCAGACCCUUGUCUCCAAAGGUGGAACAUUUGAACUGGGUUUCUUCAAACCAGGUAACAAUUCCUCUAACUACUACAUAGGCAUGUGGUACAAAAAGGUUUCUCAGCCAACGUUUGUCUGGGUAGCCAACAGAGACCACCCCAUCUCUGACAAAAAAACUGCCAAGUUAACAAUUUCUGGUGGUAAUCUAGUUCUCUUUGAUGGCUCUUCAAAUCAAGUUUGGUCAACAAACAUUACCAACAACUCAGGUUCUGUUGUGGCUGUUCUUCUAGAUUCUGGAAACCUUGUUCUAAGAGACAGGGUUGAUGCACCAGAAUCAGAUACUCCUCUGUGGCAGAGUUUUGAUCAUCCAACAGAUACAUGGCUUCCAGGUGGAAAAAUCAAGCUUGACAACAAAACAAAGAAGCCUCAGUAUUUGACAUCAUGGAAGAAUACAGAGGAUCCUGCAACGGGUUUGUUCUCUCUGGAAUUGGACCCUAAAGGGACUAAUUCUUAUUUGAUUCUUUGGAACAAGUCUGAAGAGUAUUGGACUAGUGGCCCUUGGAAUGGAAGAAUUUUCAGUUUGGUUCCUGAGAUGAGGGCGAACUAUAUCUAUAAUUUCACUUUUGUGGCGAAUGAGAAUGAGAGUUACUUCACAUACUCAUUGUAUAAUCCUUCCAUUAUAUCAAGGUUUGUGAUGGAUAUUUCAGGGCAGAUUAAGCAGCUAUCUUGGUUGGAGAAUAUCAAGCAAUGGAACUUGUUUUGGUCACAGCCAAGAAGACAGUGUGAUGUUUAUGCUUUUUGUGGAGCAUUUGGGAGCUGUACUGAAAAUUCAAUGCCUUAUUGUAGCUGUUUGACUGGUUUUGGGCCAAAAUCACAGUCUGAUUGGGAUCUGGAGGAUCAUUCAGGUGGGUGUCAGAGGAAAACCAAGUUGCAAUGUGAGGAUUCUAAUGCUUCUAAGGGGAAUAAGGAUAAAGAUAAGUUUCUUGCAAUCCCCAACAUGGCAUUGCCUAAACAUGCACAAUCUGUAGGAUCAGGGAAUAUUGAGGAGUGUGAAUCAACCUGCUUCAACAACUGCUCUUGCAGUGCUUAUGCAUAUGACAGUAAUGGAUGUUCAAUUUGGAUUGGAGAACUUCUGAAUCUGCAGCAGCUAUCUUCAGAUGAUAGUAGUAGAGAAACUUUGUAUCUCAAACUCGCAGCGUCCGAGUUUGAUGAUGCUAAAAGCAACAAGGGGGUGAUUAUUGGUGUUGUUGUGGGUGUGGUUGUGGGGAUAGGGGUUUUACUGGCCCUUAUUUUGUUUUUCAUGGUUAGGAGAAGGAGGAGAAUGGUUGGAACUGGAAAACCUGUGGAGGGUUCUUUGGUGGCAUUUGGGUAUAGAGAUUUGCAAAAUGCUACUAAGAAUUUCUCUGAGAAAUUGGGAGGAGGAGGGUUUGGUUAUGUUUUCAAAGGAACAUUAGCUGAUUCGAGUUUCGUAGCAGUGAAAAGGCUGGAGAGUAUUAGCCAAGGAGAGAAGCAGUUCCGAUCAGAAGUGAGCACAAUUGGGACAGUACAGCAUGUUAAUCUCGUUCGGCUCCGCGGUUUCUGCUCAGAAGGUGCCAAAAAGCUUCUGGUUUAUGAUUACAUGCCAAAUGGCUCCUUGGAUUUUCAUCUGUUCAAGAACCAGAACUCUGAGGUGUUGGAUUGGAAAGUGAGGUACCAAAUUGCCCUGGGAACUGCAAGGGGGUUAACUUACCUCCAUGAGAAGUGCAGAGAUUGUAUCAUACAUUGUGAUGUGAAGCCUGAAAACAUUCUCUUAGAUGCUGAUUUUUGUCCGAAAGUUGCGGAUUUUGGGCUUGCAAAGCUAGUUGGAAGAGAGUUCAGCAGGGUCCUCACAACAAUGAGAGGAACUAGGGGCUAUCUUGCUCCAGAGUGGAUUUCUGGGGUGGCUGUCACGGCGAAAGCCGAUGUGUACAGCUAUGGAAUGAUGCUUUUUGAGUUUGUAUCAGGGAGGAGGAACUCUGAUCCAUCUGAAGAUGGCCAAGUUAAGUUCUUUCCUACCUUUGCUGCAAAUGUGGUUAUCCAAGGUGGAAAUGUUCUUAGCCUGUUGGACCCUAGGUUGGAGGGAAAUGCUGACAUUGAAGAGGUUACUAAAGUGAUCAAAGUUGCAUCAUGGUGUGUUCAAGAUAGUGAAUCUUUCAGACCAAGCAUGGGUCAGGUGGUUCAAAUUCUUGAGGGGAUCAUGGAUGUGAAUGUGCCUCCACUUCCAAGAUCCCUUCAAGUGUUUGAGGAAAACCCAGAGAAGUUGGUUUUCUUCACAGACUCUAGCUCUAACCAGAGUUCACAGGUUAGGAGCAAUGUCUCAGGUACCUCCUCUCAGGUCAAAAGUAGCAUCUCAUCAGCAAGCAACAAGUCCAUGGAAGAAAAUUAAACUAGGACAAGUUUAUUAGUCACUAUUGUUAGUUGUUACUGAUAGGAAAUAAUAUGCCAUCUUUUAAUUUCCACGAAUGUAAUUGUGAUAUAUGGUUUUAUCAUGAGAUUGUCUUUCACAAUAAUGCUAUUGGAUCUGUACUGAUUAAUGUGAUGCACAUGGUGGUUUCUGUUA